AUGCCAUACUUCGCCAGCCACGUCGCCCUCCACGCUCUUGCCCUGACCCUUGGUUUCCUUCAAGGCGCGGCCGCCGGGGGCGACGACCUAUCCGACUUCUCCAAUAACCUCGCUCAGGACCUUGGUCCUUUGCUCGCGCUGUUUGGCGAGCCUGUCACUCGACAGUACCUCAGCGAGAGCACCACCUUUCUCGACUACUUUAUCUUCGCCGUUUGCCCCUUGGGCAUCAUCACAGCCGUGACUGCUGCCGUCCGGGUCUGCGGUCAUCCAUCGCUUCGCGCCUUCAUCGGCCGAUCUCAGGAAGGCAACGGCGUUGUCGAGGCCGAGCUCUGCACUUCCACCAGUCGCGACGUCUGCGAGCUCUUCAACAAUGGUGGCAUCACUCGCGUCCUCGGCCAGCCAAACGUCCUCGAACUCGUGUGUGCCUUUCCCAGCAACACAAGUCCAAGCAACGCCGCCGACGCAGAGGGCCCCAAACUCUUCCUGUUUCAAGACUAUCUCGGGAGAACAGACGAAGGCGUAUCCGAAUGGAAGAAACUCCGCGGUUCCCUCGUCACGAGCAGCGAGUCCGGACCUGGCUCGUCGAACCUCUUCGCCCCGAAGCCAAACCUGUCUCUCAACGUCGGAAUCAAGCGACAGCCGUCUUGGGUCUUCAUCCUGGUUGCGCUUACGGGUUUAGUCCUCCAAGUCGGCAUCAUUGUCCUCGCCGGCUUUGGCGCCUGGAGGCUGGGCUGGAAUCUCAAUAACCCUUCAAACCCUUCGUCCAUGGAUUACGCGCCGCGCAUGUUCAUUGCGGGCACAGCUCUUCUUUGCAUCGGCAUGUGUAGCUGCGCUGCCUUGGUCGGGCAGGCGACGCAGGAAGUCACUUACAAGAGGCGGAGGACAUGCUCCGAGCAGCAUAGUAUGCUGCUCUGGCUCCAGCCCGGCCCUCAAGUUGUCGGUGAUCAAAGCUUCGAUCCCUUUGCCCAUUUGGAGAAUCCAUCGAAGCCUCUCGACUAUUGGAUCUCGUCAAGAAAGAAGAAAACCGGCAAGACGUUUGAGCUUCUCACCCUUGUUGCAACAGCAUUCACGAUUCUGGGCUAUGUGUUGCAAUUCAUCGGACUACGCGGCAUGAAGGCUUGGGUGUCAAUUGCCCAGCUCGCCACCACACUCUUCAUGGGCUUCCUGCGUGGACUCCUGCGCAUGCAGAGGUUUGGUGAGGGCGAUAAUGCGCUCGCCAAGAUGCCUGACUUGGUGCCAGGACACGAGCUCGACUGGAUGGCGUUCGAGAUUGCACUGAAAGCACCGCCUGUCCAACAGAGUCCCUCGACACCCAGAACAUACAGACGCUUUUUCGACUGCUUCAUGUCCCGCCUGGGAGGAUUUCAACGAGGGAAGGACGGAAAUUCUCGACUCCAUAAGAUGUCGCCUCCCGCAUCUCGCAAUGCGCCUUGUUGGCAUAUCACGGGCCAGCACGCAGCCGCGCAAGCCCAUAGCGACAAGCGAUCCGAUUCUUCGUCACGACACCUGAUUUUCACGCGAGCUCGACUGGCUCAUUUGACCGGCCACUUUACCUUUGAAAACCUCGCCGAACCGGAGUAUCAGAGUUGGAAGGACAGUCUUGUUAGAGUGCGCGCCAAAGCCAAGCUGCUGGCCUCGGCCGUUGGAGAGGCCGCGAAAGUUAUGCUUCAGGCAUGGGAUCGAAGCAAAGGCAAAUUACCGGAGAGCAUUUCGCUCAGACUAAAGACAUCCAACGGCAUGGGGGGUGUCACGUUUCAUGAACAAGAGGUCCAUGUUGCCAUGAAGCUUGUGGCAAGCUCGCAUUGGAAAGUUGAUUCUGCCCAGAUAGAGGCAUUGCUCGGGCUUUGGAUGUGGUCGCUACUCAACGAUGGGCGGCUCACUUAUGCGGAUGAGGCCGAAAACAUGCAUUCCUCGGCCGAGAGGAGAGUCGAAUUCAUGCAAAUCAUCUCGGCUAGCCUGGAUCGCGAAUCGCCUGAGCGCCAAACAGACGCCCAGGAUGAGAUGAAUCUCUGGCUUGGGCCCAGUGGGCCAACAGUCUCGCAAUCCGUGCUCAAGAUGGGCGGUGAAGAAGGCUGCGGCUACGACGACCUUUGGAUCUCGAGCCUAGUACAAGCAACGCCGCGCAUCGGCUCACUCCUUGACAUCUGUGCAACUGAGGUCUUCUCCGCCUUGCUGGAGAAUCGAGCAAUCACGGGCCUCGCAAGGGCAUUCGUGGAUUCUGGGCUGGGAACUCGCUCGGACGUUCUUCUAUCUGUCGUUCCCGCAUUCAGGAACCAAGUCCACCCCAACGGCCAUGCGAUGCUUGCUGGACUCGUUACCGGCGUGGAUGCAUACAGGCGAAACGGAGAAUGGGAUCGAGCUCAACUGCUCAUGCGGUGGGCAUGUCGACAGAAUUUUACGUCUUGCGGUGGCGUAUCGGAGGUCGUCGUGAGAACGGGAGAGCUCUACCGAUGGUCCUUGGCCAACGGGUCUAACAAGGAGCAAAAAUUGUUCGGACUCGCAGGCAUCGGGUGGAUGUCCGGGGCCUUUGGCACCAAAGCUCUUCAGCCGGCUUUUCCCCUGGCCGUGCGGAAUAGCUGGACCGAAGUGGCAGAAGCCAUUCUCGAGUUGAAGGGAAGCUUGGACAGCCAAGACGACGAGGGCAGAACAGCAGCAUCGCACUGUGCAGAGGCUGGGCUCGGCUGGGCUCUGGAGCGUCUCAUACAACAGGGGGCGUUUCUGGACCAAGCAGACCGACAAGGGCGGACCCCUUUGCACUGGGCAGCCCAAGCUGGGAACGUCUCAACAGUUCAAACGCUGAUUCUCAGUGGACAAGUCGACUGUGAGAGACAGGACUCACAAGGCGCGACGCCCUUGUGGGACGCCCUUGAUCGUGGCCAUAUAUCUGUCGUGGAGCAGCUGUUAGCAGCGGGCGUUGACAUCGAGUCGAGACAAAAGGACGACCACACACCACUGACGUGGACAGCACAUAAGGGCCAACUGGAAAUGAUGAAGAAGCUGCUCGAACACGGCGCAAAUGUGCAUCAAAAGAGCGAUCGCAAGCGAACAGCGGUCCACUGGGCGGCUGCCGGGGGUCACACUUCCUGCUUGCAGCUGCUGCUCGAGCAAGGCAGCGAUAUGCAUGAGCCUGAUCGAAAUUACCUCACACCAAUAAACAUCGCCGCGGAGAGCGGCCACGAAGGCUGCCUCGAUGCUUUGAUCCUUCAUGGGGCCGAUGUCAAUGGGGGACGUGGCGGUUAUGGCAGAACCCCGUUAGAAUCUGCUGCCAGCAGAGGGCAUUGUGGCGUGAUGCGAAAACUCAUACAAAGCGGCGCGGAAGUGAACUGGCGGGACUCCUCGGCGAUCGAGCUGCUUCUCGACAACGGCGCCGGGAUCAAUGACACAGACGAUUUCAACCGAACCUGUCUCCACUGGACGAUGAACAAGGCAUUAGGCUCGCCAUAUGUGAUCAAGACGCUGCUAAAGAGGGGCAUCGACGUGAACAUCGCCAGUGGAAGUGGCAAAACAGGCUUGCACGAGGCGGUAUUUCGAGGGUACGAAGAAGCCGUGGCGAUGUUGCUUAGCCAUGAUGGGGUGCAGGUCGAUGUCAACAAGGCCGAUAAAUCGGGCGAUACGGCGCUGUUGCUAGCCGCAAAGAAAGGUCAUGUGGGCAUCGUUCGGAGGCUUCUGGACCACGGGGCCGACGUCAACCUGGCCAACAAUCAAGGCCUAACCCCUCUCAUGUACGCUGCCGAUCGCAACGUGGACAACGACGGGACUGUCGCGAAGCUAUUGCUGGACAAAGGGGCCGAUGUCAACCUGGUGAGUAGACUAGGACGGACUGCACUCACCUAUGCCAUUAAGAGCUACAACGACGACAUUGCUCAAGUGUUCCUUGAAAGAGGUGCCAAGGGCAUGGAACCGACCGUGGUCCAUGAGCGGGCAAAGGAGUCAGAAUGA